UUCAAGCACAUUUUCACUGUGUCGUCCAAGAGAGAGAGGGGGAGAGAGAGAGAGGAAGAGGGAGAGAGAGAUGCAGCUUACAUCUCUGAUAUCUACUAGCAGUAACGGUACUUGUUGCUUCCCUAAGGGUGCAGUGAAGCAAGGAGGAGGACACAACCCAAUUCCCCAAAAGCAAGAAGAACGGGAGUUUCUCAAGAGCUUGGCUCCCCCUCUAAUGGCUGCAGUUCUGACCUUAUCUCCACUCUCCAUCACUCCUGUCUCACAUGCACGAGCCGUAGAUGUUCAAAAAGGAGCUGCAUUAUUUCGUAAAACUUGCAUUGGAUGCCAUGCUGCAGGUGGUAACAUAAUACAACCAGGCUCAACACUCUUUACUAAAGAUCUACAAAGAAACGGAAUUGACAUAGAAGAGGAGAUACACCGUGUUACUUACUUUGGCAAUGGAAGAAUGCCGGGUUUUGAUAAGAAAUGCGCACCAAGGGGCCAGUGCACGUUUGGAGCCCGUUUGCAGGAUGAAGAGAUAAAGAUUUUGGCUGAGUUUGUGAAGUUACAGGCUGAUCAAAACUGGCCGAACAUUGUAAUUGCUGACUCAAGUUUUCGGUAAAAUGCUUCUUUGUUUAUUUGCAUAUAUUCAAUCGGUACAUUAAUUCUGGCAUGAAUCUGUUGGUUUAUGAUUUAGUGUAGCUAGUGUUCUUACA